AUGGCAGUCCUCGUGGAGUGUAAAGGCACGUGGCUCGCCAGGCAGCCGCUGUCUGACCUUUGCGGCAUCUCCAUGGCAGCUGCGAACCCCUUCCUUGUGCCUGAGCGACCAGUAGCGUUGGAGUGCCAUCUCUGCGAGAUGGCAUGGCGCCCCUUGAGCAGGCCACAAGCAGUUCUUCAUCUUAGCCUCCCUGGCCUUUGCAAAGGUCAAGGAGAAUGCAGGUUGGAGGCUCACAGCAAGGGCAUGUGCCAUGCUGUUGUCUUCUGGGCCGAAUUCCAGGUGUCGACGGCGUCAGGGCCAUGUUUGAGCACAGGACCAGCUUCGGCACCCAAUGGUUGGUGCCAGGCGAUGCAAUUGCUCGAGGAGCCAAUGGAUCUCUCUGUGGGCAGCAUGCUAUCUGUGGAAAUGGCAGUUGAAGAUGGCGAGGCGAACAUCUGUAUCGAUUGUGCCAACGGCACUGUGAAGCGCCAGAGGAAAAAUAUGUUUCAUCUCAGCGAAUCUCAGCUCUUGAUGAGUGAAAGUUCUGAGAGCUCAUGUGUCCAACUCAACUGUUCCAUCUUUUUGGGGAUUGUCUACGUCACUUUUGACCCGUAUUUGAAGGCCCAAGCGCAGGAUUUCAUCAAGGGGUGGCCCCAUCCAGAACUCCUCAGCAGAGCUGAGUUGAGAGCCGCCUUGACCGAAUCCUUCAAAAAAGGACUGGAGAUGUCUGAGGAGACGUUGAAUUAUGGGGAUAAGGCAAAUGGCGCCUACAUGCUCGGACACCCACGAUUUCUCGAGGGCCUGGCAAAGUUCUUGUCAAGUCAGUAUGGAGCGCCUUGCGAUCCAAAGACCCUGAUGAGCACGGUGGGUGCAUCGAUGGGCAUUGAUUUGGCCAUGCGAACCUAUGCCAAGCCUGGCGACAUCUGUGUCUUCGAGGAACCCACCUAUUUUUUAGCUUUUACAAUGGCCCGGAAUUCUUACAUGGACUUGAAGGGUGUGCCAAUCCAUGAAGACGGCAUGGACUUGGAUGCGCUGGACAAGGUUUGCACCGAGAGCGCGGGUAAGGUGAAAUUUGUCUACACCGUGUGCAUUCACCACAAUCCAACAGGCCGGCCGUCGACAUUCCUUUUUGCAGUUUUCUCAUGCGACGCAUGCCGGAUCUGGAGUCUGAAGCUGCUGAAACAAAUGAAACGACCAUGUACUGUAAGGUUUCUGUAAGGUUUUAUGUUGUUUCAUGUUUGUGUGUGCCUGUGUUGCCUCCUUGGUGGAGACUUUAUGGAACUUGACCGUGCAAAGCUCGCUGGCCCGUGUGCAAUGCAACUGCUGCUGAUGUCCAAGUUGUUUGCAAGAUUUGCAAGUGAUUCUUCGACAUAUGUCAUGUUUUCU